AUGAAGCUAGACGUGGAUUCGUCUGUGGAGGAUUACUUACAUCGCAUCUUGUUUACACUAGUACUUUCCAUUGAGGGGCACAUUCUUCCCGGACGUUGGAUGUUCACUAGUCAUCCCGUGGAUUCCCCGUCACCGGCUACUUCCCCAACGGACUAUCCUUUGGGCACCAUUUGUCUCUUAGUGGCAUUGCUCGGUUUGCUCUCAAUCUUCCUCCGUUUAGGCCCCACAGUCAAAAGCAUGAGCGAGGAAUCCAAGCUUUAUAAGCAUUUUGUCUGUUUCUAUUUUUAUUUGAAUGUAAUUCUGGUGCAAGCAACUUUGGUCAAGUUUGUAUACUUCUGUAGUCAACUGAGUGACUUCCAAAUUGAAGGAGCUAAAGCAUGCAAGAAAAACUCCCAUCUCUUAUUCUCCUUUCUCCUCCUCCUUUCCUUCCAUCUAACUCUGAGCCUUGCAGACAAAAAAGCAAUAUCCAAAGACCAGCCAUGCAAGCACAUGGUACUCUACCUUCAUGACAUAAUAUUCAAUGGCACCAACGUAGCUAACGCAACAUCUGCUCAGAUUGCAGGCAGUAAGCCUCCUCUUGGUGACUUCUUCUUUGGCAAAUUUGUCGUUUUUAAUGACCUAAUCACUGGCGACCACCAUUUGCUUUCACCUCCCAUUGCUCGGGCACAAGGCUUCUUCUUCUAUAACAUGAAGACGGAUUAUAAUGCAUGGCUUGCUUAUACGUUGGUGUUCAACUCCACAGAGUAUAAGGGGACUAUCAAUAUCAUGGGGGCCGAUUUGAUGAUGAUGGAAACUAGAGAUCUAUCAGUUGUGGGUGGUACUGGAGAUUUCUUCAUGACAAGAGGAAUUGCAACGUUGAGGACUGAUACAUUCGAGAAUAUUGACUAUUUUCGUUUGAAGAUGGAUAUUAAAUUAUAUGAAUGCUAUUGA